AUGUUGAUGCUGAGCCAGGCGCCGGCCAUCGGCGGCCUCUCCACGCGGCGGCGCUCGCCGACGGCGCUGCCCCCUCUUCCUCCCUUCUCGAAGACGAGAACUCCGCUCUUCUCCAAGUGCUGCCCGUUGCCGUCCUCCCGGCGGUGCCCGGAUAGGAAUCUGAGGCUCACUGUCAAUUCGUCGAGCGCCGCCGAUGGGCCCGGGGAGACGGGCAACGCCGCCGCCGCCCGGCCGACGGCCUCCUCACCUCCGUCUUCCCGGCCGUUUCCCGGCGGCGGAGAGACCGUGUUUGUCGGGGAGAAGGGGGUGCCAUUGGAGGGUGUGAUCCAGUUCGAUCGGCCGAGGACGGCCUCGCGCUUGGAGUCGUGGGGGUAAGUGAAUGAUCUUCUUCCCUCCGCGGCGGAUUUUUACUCGGUUCGGAGUUCGAAUUCUCUCGCCGCGAGUAACUGGGAUGGAUUGUGGUUCCUCGGUGGGGAUGAUCCAGGCGGGUGGCUCUACUGGCGGGUGGGGAUGUCCUGUUCCUGCUCGUCUUCUCCGCCAUUGGAAGAUUCAACCACGGACUCCCAGUUCUCGACAUGGAAACGUUACGCACCGCCGACCCUUUUAUUGCCGGUAGAUUAUCCUGGUUCUCAAUUCCGUUCACCGGUGAAGUGGUUCCUGCCUCUUGGCUUUAGCUAUUCAAGGUCUCUGGCAGGGUGGUUUCUCGGUGCCUACUUCCUCGGCGGAUAUGGGGAUGAUGGAAAGGGCGUGAAUGAUCGUCCUAAAGCUGUUCUUGCUGCUGCUAAGUCUUGGGCAGCCGGUAUACCAGUGAGUAAUUCUGAAAGCUCUCUUCUCUCUCUCUCUCUCUCUCUCUCACACACACACACACACACACCACACACUUGAUAAAAAAAUAGAUAUGAAUAUGUUCACACUUGAACAUCUAAAGCUGUUCUUGCUGGUGCCAAGUCUUGGGCAGCCGGUAUACCAGUGAGUAAUUCUGAAAGGUCUCUUCUCUCUCUCUCUCUCUCUCACACACACACACACACACACACACAAAAUUGAUGAAACAUAGAUAUGAAUCUGUUCACACUUGAACAUCUACAGUCUAAUGGCUCCGUCAUAAUUGAAAGGCGAAGAAAUUUCAGCUCGAUUAAAGGCCCCUCUGUUCAUUAUUAAAAAUUGUAUAUUUAGCUUAGUUCUUUGCCACAAAACUUGGAAACGUUCUCAGGGCCUGAUGAAAUGAUGGUCUAAAUUCAUCAUUUGUAACCUAGUGAAAUAAUCAAGCUAUCCGAGUAAGAAUCGAUCUGAAAUGAACAGAGCCAGCCCAUCGAUUUUAUCCUCAGGAUGAUGUUGGUCUUCUGAUCAUCUGGGAUCAUAAUUCUUUGAGUGAUUCUUGAGUGAUGAACAGUUUUCUGAACAAAUGUAACGGCAUGAAGGAUACUAAUGGGAAAAGAAAUGAAGCUUAUUGAUUAAUCUCACCUGAAACAAAGUUUGGGAGGACAUAUAUGCAGAUGAGUUAUGGAUGACACGAGAGACUGGUUCAAUGCCAUUGCCUCAUAGGACCAAAAAGUACUCCUUUCUUAGCGAAAAUAUCAUCCUGUCUACGGUAAAACAAAAAAAAAACAAUUCCAGCCGCUGCAACUGAUAUGAUCCUGUAGAAGUUGUGCAGUGAGAUGUUUGGCAACACUAGGCUUCGAUUUGCAAUGAUGUGAACUACUAGACUGCCACCACUCCUGACUGAAUUAAAUAUUUGUCUCCAUGAAGCUAUAAAUAUAUCAUGGCAUGUAUAGUUCCAUAAAAAUCAAUAUGACUCUGUUGUUAUAAUUUCCACUUCAUAUUCAUGCACAAAUAUUAAUGCAUGGUUCCCGUUUAGAUGCCAUGAAAGCUUAAAUUUGGAUAAGUUAUCGGAUGCCUUUUUAGGAAAAUAUCCAUUUUUUUUUUUCUUCCCAGACGGGGCUGCUCAUUAGGUCCUUUGCAUUGGGCCACACGCCUCCGGUUAAUUUUGUACUGAUAACCAUGGGAACGACGGGCGUCUUGCUGAUUGGAUGGCGGGCGCUUCUGUACACCCUUUUCCCAAACAGGCAAGGCAAGAAGAACGACGUGUACAAGCGCGGCAGCCCCUUCGAGCUCUUUGAGGUGAGGAGGGCUAAAUUAUCAUGCUCCGUUCAUUUAUUAUUUUAAGUUCAUCCGUUUAAUAAUGCUAUUAAUUGUCGUCUUUUUUUAAGUGGCUGGUGAAUAGAUAAUACUGUUUAGGACCAAGAACAGAAUUAGAGGACUAAAUUGUCGUGGUCAAACUGAAGAUAAUAGGAGUGCAAAGUCAAACAUUCAUGGAAUAUAUAGGGAAGGGAAAUAUCAUGAUGUAUUCGUCUAGUCGUCAUCAUUCAAUGAGGCUUAGUUAUAUAAAUCUUCCCUUUUUUUUUACUUUUUUUAGUGGUUGGUGAAUAAAUUAAAUUAGUGGAGCAAAUGAAGGAAUUAGGAGGGCAAAGUCAAACCCACCCUGUAUAUGUGGAGAGACAUUCUGUGACUGCCCAUAAAGUAUGAUAGAUGUUGAGAAACUCACAUGGCUCCAUUCACUCUAUUUAAUCUAGUUGACCAUCAUGCGACCAGAGAGGACCCUCUCCUGUGUCUAACGAUUUAAGAAAUGGUCAACUGUCUGAAGUGUGGAAUUUGUACGGCGAGGCCAUUGGUUGACAAAUUAGCCAGACCCACUAAGUUGCGUGAACCACUUUAUUUCAUGCAGUAGACAACCCCAGUCAGUUCUUCUUCCCCAGACCCCUACAUGUUGACUCUUGCCGAGAUCGACCCAAAUAUAAGGAACUGAUCAUCAUGGCUUUCCUCACAUAGCAAGCCGUCUAUAUUUAUCUCUGUAUGUAGGAGAGAGAUAGAGAGAGAGAGGGAUUGCUGAGUGGGUGACUGGUACAUCCAUAUGUUAGGAGAAACCUUGGAGUAAACAGGUGUUCAUAGCCUCAAUAACAUCGUAUGUUUCCCCUCCUUUGCAGUUAUUGACGUCGUUGGUGCGAAGAUGGUGA